AAAAAUAAAAGCGUGCCCAUCGUAGCGGGCCGUUGCCAUCCCGACCCAUCCUCACUUCUGGCCACUUUCGGCAUAGCAGUUCCCCACCCACCAUCUGUAUGUUUUCGGCCAUGGCCAUGAGAGCGGCAAAAUCCUGAUCUGCCUUUUUUAUUAAAUCCCAGAUGUUCAAAUUUUUUCUGCCAUUUCUCUUCUUCUAUAGGAAUUUCAAUAAAUUUUGUAUACCUAUGGUCCUAUAGAUGCAUUUAAUUACAUAAAUUCUAAUCACAUCCACCUGAAAGCACCUAAUUUUACCAAUCGCAUCCUUCGAUUGGAUCGCCGUCGGAUAGUAAUGGAGAAUUCCGACGUCUUUGGAUCAUCGACGGCCACUCCGACUUGGCAGUACUUCCUCGAACGCAUGCGCCACCCCUCCGCAUCUGAUUUCGUCAAAGCCAUCAAAAGUUUUAUAGUGUCAUUUUUUAACAAUACGCCGGAUGCGGAAAGGGACAGCACAGCUGUGCAGGAGUUCCUUGGGAAUAUGGAAGCGGCAUUUAGAUCACACUCCCUUUGGGCUGGAUGUUCGGAGGAGGAGUUAGAGAGUGCUGGUGAAGGACUGGAAAAAUAUGUCAUGACAAAGUUAUUUACACGUGUAUUUGCUGUAAUUCCGGAAGAUGUGGAGGCUGACAAGCAACUUCAUGAGAAGAUGGCUUUGAUUCAACAAUUCAUUCGGCCAGAAAACUUGGAUAUCAAGCCAACCUUUCAAAAUGAAACAUCAUGGUUGCUUGCACAGAAAGAGCUACAAAAAAUCAAUAUGUACAAGGCACCAAGAGAUAAACUUGUCUGCAUUCUCAAUUGUUGCAAGGUUAUCAAUAACCUACUGAUCAAUGCCUCCAUUGCAGCCAGUGAAGAUCAUCCAGGAGCAGAUGAAUUUCUCCCUGUUCUCAUAUAUGUCACCAUAAAGGCAAACCCUCCACAGCUGCAUUCCAACUUAUCCUAUAUACAACGGUACAGGCAACAAAAUCGUUUGGUGGCAGAAUCAGCCUACUUUUUCACAAACAUGCUUUCUGUGGAGUCUUUUAUUAUGAAUAUCACUGCACAAGCCCUUUCAAUGGACGAAAGCGAGUUUGAAAAGAACAUGGAAUCUGCUCGAGCACUGCUUUAUGACCUUUCUGAAAGUUCUGACAAUUCACCAGGCCAAUCUGAUCAAAGAAUUGGUCAUGCUCCCAUGUCACAGGCGGUGGAUCCCAAACAUCCUAUGAAUUCUUGGAAGCACCAGAGCUCAACAGUGUCGGGUCAGUCCUCAGUCGACUCAUCUGAAAUGAAAUCCAAUAACAGGGAAUCAAACUCUAAAGAUCAGUUAUCUUUGAAUAAAAUUCCAUCUAUCUUGGAUCUGGAGAACAAAGGUGCUACCAUGCUUAUGAAGGAAGAUGAAGUAAACCAUGUCUUUAGGGAUUUCCCGUACUUGUAUUCACAGGCUGGUGAUCUGACAGUUUCCAACGUAGAAGACCUGCUAGACAAUUACAAGCAACUUGUAUUCAAGUAUGUGUGUCUUGCCAAAGGACUGGGUGUUGGAACUUCGUCUCCUGCAGUUGCAGGCACGCAAGGUCAAAUGGAUGAUCAGACUGAAAUUGUGCAGGAAUUAGAAAACAGCGGGGAAGGGAAGUCAAAUGAUGAUAUGUCCAAGGACCUUUCUAAAUUAUCUUUUGAUGUAGAUGAAGUAUCACACUUCGAGUCGGAAAAUUCUGAAUCGAAGUUACCAGAAGAUAAUUCGGAGUCGAAACUGCCGGAAGCAGCAGAUGUUCAAACUUUAGGUGAAGAAGAGGACCAGAAUCAUCAUACAUGAUUCUCUUGAUAACCUCAUAUAAAAUUAUAUUUGAUAUGUUUGGAAAGGUAGACUGGACAGAGUAGAAAAAAGAAAUUAAAAUUCUAUUUAUUAAAAUGUCUAGUCCAGUAUUUGUAUCAAACAUGUCCAGUAAUGCUUCGACGGGGCUCUCAAUUGUACUUUUAGUCUGUUUUUAAUAUGUUCACAAGAGGAUGUAUUUUUCUUUCCAGGAAGUAGUAUAAAAAGCUCUGUAAACAGUGUAAUGAGAGGAAAAGGUUGAGAAAAUAUGAGUAAUCUGUAGGGAUGACAAAAUGUUACUGCCGAAGGGACCUUUUUAUUUAGGCUCCCAUUUGUAUCCAAAUUCUACUGUUUUUUGUUUA